AUGGUUGAUACUGAGACCAGAAGAAAUCGCAAGGCAUGCGACGAUCCAGUUCAUCUCCGCAUGGAAGCUGCCAACAUCGACUCAUCACGCCAUGGAAAGAGCAAGACACAAUGUCAAAAACUCACCAAAUUAAACGAUGCUAUCACCGUCCACCUCCCUGCGACUUCAGCAGAUGAAGAUGUCCCUCUUCAAGAUGUUGAAGAAUGGUAUGAGCAUGAUGAGGCCUCUGGCGCUGUGCUUUUCGUCAGGCACCCACAACAACCUCAACUGGACGCCAAGGACACGCCACCUAAACUCAAGGCUACCUUUCGCCGUCAGCAUACGAACAACGAACAACUUGUUGUUCGCCCAUGCAGAGUCAUCUGUGGCUGUGGCACAAUGUACCACCACGAGGCUGUCUCAAAUGUGCUGAUCAUGAUCAAGAAAAUGUUUACCCUCCCAUGCGCUUGUAAACCCCAGCAUAUGAUUUAUGACUCCAAUUGUAAUGCAUUGCGUGAAGUGGAGAGUCGCAAUAUCGCAUUCUUUGAGGGGAUGGGUAUGUGUGUAGACGCCUUCCAUCACAAAACGAAGCACAAGGCUAGCGAUAUGCUCUGCCGUGAGCGCUGUGACAUGAAGGCAUACCCUGAACUCCUUGAUGACAAUGGGAAGUACUAUUUCAACUCAUCAAUCGCAGAGCAAAUGAACAUUUGGUUUGGUGGUUUUCAUAACAUUUGUUGA